CCCAUUGCAUCUACAAUCUCUCACAACUCAUCAAACUCUCAUAAGUUCAUACUCAAUGGCUGACGUCGUGCUUUCUACCGUCCUCCAGCAGCUCCCUGUCCUCUUAGAGAAGCUGUCACGUGCAGCUUUGAAAAGAAUUGCUCGCCACAAGGGAAUUGAUGCGGAGAUCAAGAAAUGGCAGAAAUCCUUAACCUAUAUCCAAGUUUAUCUUACUCAUGCUUCUCAGAUGGAGAUAACCGAUCCAUCUCUGAAACAACGCCUGAAUGAUCUCCAGCAUCUGGCUUAUGACAUUGAUGACGUCCUCGAUGGUUGGGAAACCGACGCUAUGGACCCUGAGUUCAAGCAAGAGCCAGAAGGCAUCACCGGCAAGGUAAGAAAGCUAAUCACCCCAACUUGUUGCACAACUUUCUCACGGACUACUACUAUGAUUGCCGAGUUAGAUGAUAUUUCCACCAAAUUACAAGAUCUAGUUAAGGAGAAAGCUGACCUUGGCUUAGACAAUCUUGGUUUGAAAGUGGAAGAGGAAACCAGGCCAAGAAUUAAUAAUAAUAGAAGAUUACGAACCUCUGUUGUCGACCCAUCAGGUAUUGUUGGACGUCAGGCUGAGAAAGAUGCACUGGUUCAACAGUUAUUGUUACCGGCUGAUGAACCAUGUGAUAAAAACUAUAGUAUUGUCCCCAUAAUUGGUAUGGGUGGGGUUGGGAAAACUACUCUGGCUGGGCUUUUGUAUAACGAUGAUCAAGUCAACAAUCACUUCGCACUCAAGGCGUGGAUCUGCAUCUCAGAUGAGUUUGAUGUCCCUGUUAGAAGCAAAGAGAUCUUUAUAACUUUUGGAGGUGAUGUAAAGAAGGAACAUGAAAAUUUUAAUAAACUUCAAGAAGCUAUUAGAGAUCACCUAACACGAAAAAGAUUUUUAUUGGUGUUAGAUGACGUGUGGAGUGAGAGUAGUAAGGAUUGGGAAACCCUCGUCAGUCCCUUUUAUACAUGUUCUCCAGGAAGUAAAAUCAUAGUAACAGCACGAAAGGAUAUAUUACUAAAAGAGCUGGGUUACAAUUCUCAAUACAAGCAUCUGGAGAGCCUGUCAGAUGAUGAUGCUUUAUCUUUGUUUGCUCUACAUGCAUUAGGCGUAAGAAAUUUCGAUUCACACUUGUCACUUAAACAACAUGGUGAAGGUAUUGUGAAGAAAUGUGAUGGGUUGCCUCUGGCAUUGAUCGCACUUGGUACAUCACUGAGGACAAAAAAAGAUGAAGAUUCAUGGAAGGGAGUGUUAGAAAGUGAGAUAUGGAAAUUACCGGUUGAAGAUAAAAUUAUCCCAGCCCUGAGACUUAGCUAUCAUGAUCUUCCGGCACCUUUGAAGCGAUUGUUUGCAUACUGCUCAUUGUUUCCCAAGGACUUCCUGUUUGAUAAGGAGGAUCUGGUUUUACUUUGGAUGGCUGAAGGAUUCUUCCAGCCAACUCCAAGCGAUUCAACAAAAGAAACCUUGGGUCACAAAUUCUUUGACGAGCUGUUGUCAAGGUCAUUUUUUCAAAAUGCACCUAAUAGUGAAUCAUUAUUUGUGAUGCAUGACCUCAUGAAUGACUUGGCGACAUCUGUUGCCACCGAGUUUUAUUUUAGGUUAGACAACGAGUCAGGGAAGAAUAUUAAGAAGAUGAAGCUAGACAAGUACCGCCAUAUGUCAUUUGUUCGUGAGGAAUAUGUAGCUUACGAGAAGCUCCAGGUGCUUGAAAACGCCAAAUGUAUGAGGACAUUCUUGGCAACGUUUGUUGGGGAGGUGGAAUGGUGGCGAGAAUUUUACUUAUCCAAUAAGAUUCUGACUGACUUGCUUCCUAAGUUACCAUUAUUAAGGGUUCUAAGUUUGAGCGGCUUUGAAAUAAGUGAGUUACCGGAGUCCAUUGGUACUAUGAGGCACUUGAGAUAUCUUAAUCUAUCUCAAACUCAUAUCACACAUUUACCGGAAAAGGUUUGCAAUCUUGUUAAGUUACAAACACUGAUCCUGUUUGGUUGUGGUAAAUUAACUGAGUUGCCCAACAACUUCCUAAAUCUAAAGAACCUGCAACAUCUUGACGUUAGGGACACCCUGCUUUCAUUUCAGAUGCUGUCAGAGAUUGGCGAGUUGAAAAGCCUACAAAUUACUCUCUCAAAAAUCAAUAUCGAAAGUGAAAGCGGAACUGAAAUAGCCAAACUUAAAGAGUUUAAGAAUCUAUAUGAAAAAAUUUCCGUUAAAGGUUUGGAAAAAGUGCAAAAUGCACUUGAUGCACAUGAGGCGAACUUUUCAGAAAAGAGGCUUAGUGAGUUAGUGUAGGUCCAGGUUUCGGGAUCCAACCCGUGAUUUUCGUGUUCAUGUUCAAAGAUGGAAGAGAUAAGAGAGGAUAAACAUAACAAACUUUGUAUUAAUCCGGUAGUAAACAUUACAAGUCGGCCCGGUUACAUGACAACCGAACUAAUACCAAAGAAGUAUACAUCCGGGGAGAAACCAAGUGGUGAUUUCUCCCGGUGAGGUCUCAGACCUCCAUUCUCUCUCUAGCACACACUUGUGCUCUCACUCUUAUGUUGCAAAUGACAAAGUGUUGGUAUUUAUACCAAAACAAACACUGCAGGUCGAAGGAUCAGACUGACUGGUCGAAACAUCAUCCUUCGAUCAGACAGUCUUCGAAAGAUACUCACAUACCUCGAAUGAUAUCCUUCGAUAUCCUUCGAGGUCCAUCCUUCGAUGGGUAUCUUUCGAGCUCAUCGAAGGAUAUUCAUAAUCCUUCGAUGCCUUAUCCUUCGACACCAAUAACAACACAGCAACUUUGUCUAGCAACACACACACACAGUCAAACCAACAACCCUCUCGUUUGACCACUUCAAACGAGCGGGUCUAUACACGUUCGUUUGACCGUUUCACUAACUAUUACAAAUUCAGCAUAAAAUAAUAACUAAUCUAUUCGACAAGCAUCGGACACAAAAUCUGCAUCAACAAAUUCCCCCUUGUCCGUUGCUGUCGAAUGCUGAAAAUGCAAUUGCAAUCAAUCUUCAGCCAAGUAUUCAUCUUCUCUGUGUAGACAAAUUCCCCCUUGACCGAUGAUCCAGGUAAGUAGCAUCCUGAUGCUCAUUGUAUAAGAUUUCCCCCUCAAAGUACGCGUAUCCGUGUUGAGUGUUGUGCAAUUUCCUCAAAAGGAUCAAUUGACCGAUCUUCCGCUGAUCUUCCAAAACUCCAACCGGCAUAUGAUAAAGGUUCCAUUCUUAAACAACUGCAUCAAGUCUUGAUCUUCAAGUGUCUGUGCAAAACAUUCCACGCUGAACCGUUUGAAUCACCAGAAGAUCAUAAACUCUACCACCUGAGAUUGCGUUUAGAAUUUUACCGAAGAAAUUCAACAAAUGAAAAAAUUUUUAUCCCCCCA